UACUUGCACCUCAUCUCACUCGUACUCUCUGUACCUGAAUUACCAUGCCUAUCUCCCACCACGUCGCUGCCCAAUCCACCUUCGGAAAGGUCGAGACCGGAAAAUACUCAUUCCUCGAUGACCUCUAUACCACCGACGACACUGAGAAGCCGAUGAGCGGUGGAAUCUUCAUCUACGAGAAGAGCCCCGAGGAUUUCGAAUAUACCUACAGCUACGACGAGUUGAAGAUCAUGCUCGAGGGAGAGAUGACGUUGAAGGACAAGGCUACGGGGGAGGUCAAGCUCGUGAAGGCUGGUGACGUCGUGAAGAUUCCCAAGGGUACCACCGUCCUGUUCAAUAGCCCCACAUCCGGAAAGGCGUUCUACGUUGGCCAACGGGCAUACCGUGCGUUCUGAUCCUGCGGAGAUGUAAAAUACCAAAAUUGGGACUUCUGUCUUGCUAGAUUGUAUGACACGCACGGACUUACGGCUAGUAGUUAUAGGCUUACGCCAGGAUGUGUACGAGGAAAUUACAAGAAUAUGGCCUUUACACGGUUUUGAACCUCCUGACACAGGGAUUA